AUAUAAAUAUAUACUACGACCAUGUGGGGCCCCGGUACACGUAGAUCUGUAGUCAGAUGUUUGUGGAUAUUUUCAGUGUUUACAGCCACUACUAUACGAUGUGGGCGUGUGGAGGACAGUGUUACAGCGGGAAGAGAAGGAGAGAACUGGCCAUGCGGUUACAGCAACAGAACUUGCACAGAAUUCGGAGAGUGGGCGAAAGGACCGUGCGAUAGCGUCUACUUUGUGUGCCAGAGAGUACGCAACAGGAGAGAAUGGACGUUAAAAUGGUGUCUAGCACCAGGGUCCUCGUGUAUCGAUUUGCAACUGAAUGUAAGCACUAUUAUUGUAUUGAACUGUACAAUACAAUGCCCCGCCACAAGCACCGCAAUGGUCUCAACUAUCGCAAUCGGCACAACCGCUGAACUGUCGAGUAGCGCUGCCACAACGCCAACGACGCCAGUGACAACAUCAACAACUGGAGACACGCCUAUUAGACCAUCGAUUGGACCGCCUCCUAGUUCAACGCCUACACGCGAAACAACCAACGUGGCAGAAUCUGAAGACGAAAACGGUUAUAGUGGUGACGAUGAUAAUGAUGAUGAUGACCGAAGUGGGAAUCACGUGACAGAAAAGAGAUGGUCACAUGACAGUAGGCGUCUUGGCGCCAUUAUUGGCGGUGUAUUGGGAUGUAUGUGCCUGUUGGUGUCUGUAAUCAUCAUCUGUCUUUUCGUCUCAAGGAAAGGACUGUGUAAAAAGUCAGAGGACGAGGAAGUGAAACCGCAUGAAAACGAAAUGUAUACAUAUUCGGACCCCGCCAUGAAUGAUCCCAUUUAUAACGACGGCACAAACACCAGUCAUCCGGCUGCUGUCCCCUCCACCGCGGGGCAAGUGAAGGGCGGUGCUUACGAGGUUCCCACCCGCGCGUCUGUGAGCAGCGCAAACAGUUACCAAUUUUUACUCAGAGAAAACUCCCUCUACAAACCAACACAAAACACCGACGAAAACCCUUACUAUUCCACGGCCGAGGAAAAUCAACUCCCUACGGCGCCCAGAAGGGCAUCGAACUCAGAGGCUGGCGACUAUUCUGACAGAACACCCGUGGAAGGGACGUACUAUACAACGACAGAUGGCUCCUUACACCAUUACACAGAAAUUCCAAAUGACGUCCACCCAAGUGCAUACGAGAUUCAGCUCCCGAGCGAGCCUGCGCCCGCGUCACCCCUAUCGCCUUCCCAACCAGAAUACCUUAACUUGAUUGACUAUACGGGGAACACGCCCAGGUCUCGCCCUGUGUCUCGGGCUGAUCUUGAAGACAGUGGGUAUAGUUUGGCCCGCGAGCCUGUUCAUGACUAUUUUGUGCUCGAGGACCCCAGUGAAACUCAGGGUGCUCAGGGGUCUGGCAGCCAGGUAAAUCAUGAUUACUUUGUGCUGGAGGUGCCCUCACAAAACCAACGACACGUUUUAUGAUGGAAUAUUAAUGGAGAAGGGAUUAAGUUGUACUUACGAUUUUUUAUUUCACACGGGCGAUUACUUAGUGCUGAAUCAGGAAUUUCACUGUUUCCAAUCGCCCUGAUUACUUAAAUGCCGACGUCCAGCGCUUUCCUAAACGGCAAUAAUUUUGUGUUAAGUAACAUGAACAAGUUGCAGGGGAUUUGAAUUGAAGCCCCUUCUGAAAUGUUCAUCAAUUUUCAACAAUUGUGUACCUUCUGUUACACUGGAAAGCACAAUAAUUUUAUUCUAGACAAAGUCGCCGAUACUGGAUAUUAUUCACGUGGUAAAUUUGAUGGGACAUUUUCGAGAAGACUAGUGCGUCUAUUUGUCCUUGGUUCUCAGUUAUGUCUGCACUACCCGCAGCGUCGGUAAACUACAAACCCUGUAGCGUCAGCGUAACAUGGAAGAUUUCCCAAAUAGGUCCUAUAUCUACCCUCUAUAGCAAAAAUUACAAAAUUAUGUAACAGACUUCUAGUAGACCGUGUGGUCAGAGAGAGAGAGGCGUAUCACCCGGACACCCAGCAGGAGGCGUUAUAUAAAUGUCUGGGUACGAAAAUUUGAAUGUGAUUUUUUUUAAACCUCCAGUUUCCAGAGCGCUCCAGUAGUGAAUUAGUUCGACGAACUCAUAGCAAACAAACAGUUAAUCCUUUCAGCGACCAUUUUGACGGGUUUGGGGCAUGCCUCUUUACAAUGCUUUAUAUUAUAAUAAGUACAUUCAGAGUGAUUUUAUUUCAAUCAUAUGACUGUGAUUUUAGUGACAGUAUAACUUACAUGACAAAUAACCAUAUUCAAUCUCAUUGUUUUGUGAAGCACGAUUUAAUUAGAUAAUCAAUCAAAUAAAUGUUUUGUUUACUUUGAAAAUAAAUGUUA